CUGUUGGCGGUGGAGAGGGUAAGUAGGAGUGGCAAUCUGCUUUGUAUGAAUCGUGGGCUCCAAGUUAGUGGCUGCAGCUUCGAUAUUUCCUGUCAGCCGCACACUCAGAGCCGAGGCGAGGGCGGAGGAGAAGCGGAGAGAGGGAUGGCAGAGAACAGCCCCGACACGAACAGCUCCGUUCCCCGGAGAUGUCUGGCCCAUACGUCGGCGGAGAGAAACAUUUCAUCCAGUGUCGGCUCGGCAUCAAAAUGGAUUCGAUUAAACGUCGGCGGGACGUAUUUUCUAACAACCAGACAGACGCUGUGUCGCGAUCCAAAAUCAUUUCUCUACAGACUGAGCCAGGCUGAUCCAGAGCUUGACUCCGACAAGGAUGAAACUGGUGCCUAUCUCAUCGACAGAGACCCGACAUACUUUGGGCCGGUGCUGAACUACUUGAGGCACGGCAAACUGGUGCUCAACAGGGACUUGGCAGAGGAAGGUGUGCUAGAGGAAGCCGAGUUCUACAACAUCACAUCAUUAAUAAAGCUCAUCAAGGACAAGAUCAGGGAGCGUGACUGCAAAACAUCCCAGGUCCCGGUGAAGCACGUGUACCGGGUGCUGCAGUGCCAGGAGGAGGAGCUGACACAGAUGGUGUCCACCAUGUCUGACGGAUGGAAGUUUGAACAGCUUGUCAGUAUAGGUUACGGGCGGGCCCACCAGUCAGAGUUUCUGCUGAUUGUGUCAAGGGAGGUGAAGGGAGAGGAGUCUGCUUUGCCAAACAACAGCGGAGAGCUGGUCAGCAUAGGCUCCUCUUACAACUACGGAAACGAAGACCAAGCCGAGUUCCUGUGUGUAGUCUCCAAGGAGCUGCACAAUCAAUCAUACGGGACAAACAGUGAGCCCAGUGAGAAGGCAAAGAUCCUUCAGGAAAGGGGCUCCCGCAUGUGAAGAGGACUCAGUAUUAAGAGCUCCAGGUGUUAUGAUGCAAACAUAUCAUCUUUGUGGAAGAACGAUGGGCACAAUGGAGAUUUAAAGGGAGGGCUGUGCAUUUAUUUUGUGUUUCCCUCCAUCUUGUUUUUUUAUUUCUUGAUGUAAAUAACGCUGUUUACUGACAAUUUGUGCCUGUACAUUUGAACUGGACCUUUUUUUUCUUUUUAAUUAGGGGCAAGUUUUGUUUUUCUAAUUGAAAGUAAGGAAUUUGCAAUCUACAUAUGUUUUAUGGUAUAUAAAAAAAAAUGGCCACCAUAGUUUAAGGCCAAUGAUUCACUCAGGGUCAUCUGUUGAGUUCAUUCUUAUAUCCUCCAACUCAAGGGUCUGGAAGGGGAUCAGUAGGGUCUUUAUUACUCAAAAGUAUCAAACUCAAAAGUCAUCGUUUUUCGGGAUGUUAAGAAGGGAACUUCGCAUUUUUAUUCAGCACAUUAUAAAGAGUUGAGCUACUAAAUGUGAAAUGUACCCCCCCCCUAAAAAAAAAAACAACAAAAAAACUAAACAAAAAAAAAAACAAAGCGAUACAAACAAUACUCCAAAGAUUCCAAACAGUUACUCUGAGAUUUUUGAUCAUGAGGAUCCAAGUUAAACAUUUCCGUUACACUUGAAACGUCACACUCUGAUUUGAAACUGUUCAACAUAAUGUCUGUGUGACGCUGUAGGAAAAGGGGCAUUGGGGGCUUUUCUUUUGGGUGUUUAAUAGAGUGAGCAGAAAGCUCAGUUUUCACACAGGCUUAGUAAUCCAAUUCUGGAGAUACAGCAGAAAACUUGUAUUGAUUUCUAAUUAUUCUUUUAUUGAUCGCUUGUUUUGGCUUUGAGAAGUAAAUGUGUUGUCAGUGAAGCUGCUUCUGGCAUCAUGUACUCUUUAUCUUACAACCUUAGUAACAACGUCACCCACAGAUAUGAGCAUCGUGUGCUGUGGGAAUAAGUACUUAUCAUAUUUUAAGAGAGAGAGUCCACAUCGCUGUUUUAUAAGGAAGAGACGUUCGAGUAUUGGACGCAGCUUUAUCUGCGUUCACGAUGUUUAAAGUAAGAUUUCUGCUGCCUCAACAACUGGGCCUUUUUUAUAGUUUGAAAAAAAGUAAAGCUGUUCUUUCUUAAUGUUCAGUGAAAGUUUCUAUCAAGAAUUUAUUCUUCUCUUUAAAUUUAGUUCCUCAUGUUCAUUAGUCUAAAACUAACUGCCAAAAUAGUCACAGGUUUUUCAAAUGUGAAUUCUGGUUUACAGUGCUUUUUAUUUUUUAAACAGCAGCGUCCUCCGAUGACAUCAUGACUCCUGCCAGGACAAACAUCCUCAGGACGGUGGCGUCUUUAUUUUGCUUUUUGUACCCAGUGACUUCUGAGUUUUCCCUUACUAGUGUAUUUUAUAUGUUUUGAGGGAACCUUUGUUUCAUUUGGACCUCUUUUUAUUUUAUUUUUUUAAUGGGAAGUUUUCACGGUGUGAGGUUUGGGGACUAGAACUGUUCGACGGCGGGGGUGAAGGAUUUCCUGUUCAUAUCCAGAGGAUUUUUGUUUUGAUGUAAAUAAUCUAAAUUCAAUAUUAAUAUUUAACUCUUACAACAAACUGCACGUUUUGUACACUGUAUAGAAAAAAACCCAACUUCAGGAGGAAGUUGUUUAUACUGGAUCUUUAAAAGUUUGGAAAGCUUGACGAUAUUAACUUUGCAUUGUUUGUACAGAGAUUUCCAAGUGACGAUUGAAACAGCUCGUGCUGAGAUUGCUGUCUUUAACUGACGAACAUGCCUGGAACCUGUUUUGAUAACCAAUUACAAAGCUAUAUUUGGCUGGCUAUGAAGUUGACUGUUACAUUUAAAAAAACAAAAAAAAAAAACAAAUGUAUUUUCCUGCAUUGUGAUAGAUUCUAAGCAUUUUUGAAUUGUGUAGAUUUCGUACACAGCAUUACAAGCACUACAGUGGGAAAACGACACUGUGCACAUUGCUUACAAGCCCGUAAUGUUGUAGAUGUAAAUACUGCAUUUUAGAACACUUUUUUUUUUUAUAGAACUUUGUUUUCAGGUUGGAUGUGUGAUUUUUAAUAGGUUGGAUAUUUCACUCAAAUAAUCAUUUAGUGUUGCCUUUUUUCCCCAAUGACCAAAAUCCAAUGUCUUAUGUGUACUGUACACAUUAAUGUUAGUGUCGGGGACGAGUGAACUUUUCUUAAUGCUGGCACACUUUGUAUAUAUAGACUUGUUAAAGACACAAAAAACCUCCAUUUACUCACAUGUACACGUAUACACUUGCCUAAAAACAAUUUUUAUAUCGUUGGGGAAACAAGUGGAUGCAUGUUUUUUAAUAUAGAUCUCCACAUAUGUACACACAGACACACACAAGGGCUUUUAAAGUGCAAAGUUUGACAUCCGCAAACAGAUUCAAUCGAGGUGGACUGGAUUUUUCUCUGUCAGAAAUAGGCUAUGUUUACAUUUGCUAUAGUAUUCUGAAGCCUUCCAAUUAUGUACUGUCUUGCACUCCCUCACACACGUUUUAAACAUUAGUCUGACUUUGUGUGAAAGCACUCCCGACUACACGAACUGAUAAUCACACAGACGUGCUGACUGAUUUAAAAAAAAAAAAAACUCCAUCCAUUCCCGACAGCCUGUGCUUGAGCGUUGCAGACAAUCUUGCUUUACGUCCUCUCUGAUGGUCGAGAUGCUCACUUUUGAUAAAGGUGAAACAUAAUUUGCAUAUGCUCAGAGUAAAGGUCAACUUGAGGGUUUUGUGUUUAGACUUUUCUUCCUGCAAUGAGAUUGAGGGGUUUUUUUUGUGCUUGAUUUGCUUGGUUCAGUUGUAUCUUUCUUUGAGAUCCUCUUGUCUGAGGUGUGUAACCCCCCCUCCACUUUAGCAGCUAAUUCCCUUGACAAACCGGUUGUCUGGUUGAGCAUUUGGCUUUGAUAAUCAUUUGUGUAAUGGACAAACUUAUCAAAUCUGUAGCCUGAUACUUAUAAGUGCCCUGUUUGUUUUACAUCAUAACCCACAGACCACUGUAUUGCAUGAUUGAAGAUGAUCACACUUGUAAUCAGAGGGAAUGAAUGUGUCAUUUUUCCUCAAUCUAGCAGUUACAUUAAUGAAUAAGGUUCUCAUAUCACUAAAAAGAUCACAUCUAUACGGUCUUAUGCAAUGUUACAAUUAUACAAUCAAAGUAUGACGUUAGGAGAUAGAUCUGUAUGGUCUUGCAUAAGAUUAACUCAAUAAAAACAUGUCAUUAAUGUGUGAA